AUGAUCACAUAUAAGUUUGAGAUGAACAUGAUGGGAGAGUUAAGCUUCAUUCUACGCCUUCAAGUUCGUCAACUUGAAGGAGGUACAUUCAUCAAUGAAGUAAAGUAUACAAAGGAGUUGUUAAAGAAGUUCUGCAUGGAGAGCUGCUUUGCUGCCUCAACUCCUAUAAGCUCAUCAAUCAAGUUUGACAAGGAUGAAGAUUGUCAGUCUGUUGAUAUUACGGCCUACCGGGGAAUCAUUGGAUCAUUGCUCUACCUCACAGCCAGCCGACCGGACAUUCUAUUUGCAUUUGGAGUUUGCAGAAGAUUCCAGGCUAAUCCUAAACAAUCUCAUUAUGUAUCUGCUAAGAGAAUAUUAAAAUAUCUUAAGGGCACUCAAAAUGUGGAACUGUGGUAUCCGAAGGAUUCCAAUUUCAAUUUGAUAAGCUACUAUAGUGCAGAUUAUGCUUGUUGUAAGGUGAACAGGAAAAGCACCAGUCGAACGUGCCAGUUCCCUGUUGAUCGGCUUAUCUCGUGGUACAACAAGAAGCAAACUUCUAUUGCAACAUCAACGGCUGAAGUAGAGUAUCUUGUUGUUGGAAUUUGUUGUGCUCAGCUUCUGUGGAUGCAACAACAAUUGAAAUAUUUUGGUAUUUAA